AUGCUCAAAUCCUCUAGGCACACUAAGGGGUUCUGCUCUCGUUUGUGUGAGAGCGAGACGCGAUUCUUGUGCCAACGCUCUGCCGUACCGUCUAGGCGGCGAGUUGCAUCCUGGUUCCGUCGGCUUCUUGGGGUGUGCAGACUGUUCUGCGUACCCGCUGCCACCGCCAUGAACCGCGAGAGCUUGGCAGCGGGAGAGCGGCUGGUGUCGCCGGCUUACGUGAGGCAGGGUUUUGAGGCCCGCCGCUCGCAUGAGCACCUUAUACGGCUGCUUCUGGAGAAGGGCAAGUGUCCAGAGGAUGGCUGGGAUGAAAGUACACUUGAACUCUUUCUACAUGAACUUGCAAUCAUGGAUAGCAACAAUUUCUUGGGCAAUUGUGGUGUGGGAGAAAGGGAAGGGAGAGUGGCAUCUGCAUUAGUUGCUCGCCGCCAUUACAGGUUCAUUCAUGGAAUUGGACGGUCAGGUGAUAUUGCUGCUGUGCAACCAAAAGCUGCAGGUUCUAGCCUUUUGAACAAAAUUACCAAUUCUUUAGUCCUGGACAUCAUAAAGUUGGCUGGUGUCCGUACAGUGGCCAACUGCUUUGUAGUUCCAAUGGCAACUGGUAUGAGUCUAACCCUGUGUUUCUUAACAUUACGGCACAAGAGACCAAAGGCAAAGUAUAUUAUAUGGCCACGAAUAGACCAGAAGUCCUGCUUUAAAUCCAUGAUCACUGCAGGUUUUGAGCCUGUGGUGAUAGAGAAUGUCUUAGAAGGUGAUGAGCUGUGCACAGACCUGAAAGCAGUGGAGGCUAAAGUCCAGGAACUCGGGCCUGAUCAUGUUCUGUGUAUUCAUUCUACUACAUCCUGUUUUGCUCCAAGAGUACCUGAUAGAUUAGAAGAACUGGCUGUGAUUUGUGCUAAUUACGGCAUUCCACAUGUAGUCAACAAUGCAUAUGGAGUACAGUCUUCAAAAUGUAUGCACCUCAUUCAGCAGGGGUCUCGGGUUGGUAGAAUAGAUGCUUUUGUUCAGAGCUUGGACAAAAAUUUUAUGGUUCCAGUAGGUGGUGCUAUAAUUGCUGGCUUUAAUGAUUCCUUCAUCCAGGAAAUCAGCAAGAUGUAUCCAGGAAGAGCUUCAGCUUCACCUUCUUUGGAUGUCCUUAUUACUUUAUUAUCACUUGGAUCAAAUGGCUAUAAGAAGCUAUUAAAAGAAAGAAAGGAAAUGUUUUCGUAUUUGUCCGACGAGCUAAAGAAGCUGUCAGAAGCCUAUAAUGAAAGACUGUUGCAUACACCUCGCAAUCCCAUAUCUUUAGCUGUGACACUUAAGACACUGGAUGAACACCAUGACAAAACUGUCACUCAGCUUGGCUCAAUGCUUUUUACCAGACAGGUUUCAGGAGCCAGGGUUGUGCCUCUUGGGUCUGUGCAAACUGUGAGUGGCUACACUUUCAGAGGCUUCAUGUCACAUACAAAUAAUUACCCAUGUGCUUACCUCAAUGCUGCGUCAGCCAUUGGAAUGAAGAUGCAGGAUGUGGACUUGUUUAUCAAGAGACUUGACAAGUGUUUAAAGAUAAUAAGACGAGAACAAAAUAAAGAGAGUGAUGUAUCUGGAGUUAACAGUUAUGACACAACUGAAGAUGUGGAUAUUGGAGAAAUGGCUUUAAAACUUGGUAAUGUACUUUGUGACACAUAGCAGGAUGCCUCUUCAUGAAAUGAGAAGGGUUUCUUUUUUGAUAAUUUGAAAGAAAUGAUGUGCCUGCAGUACAAACAAGCAGUUUAAAGAAAAGAGUUGAGAUUUUGGAUUGAGAAUUCAUGGAGAAUAUUUAAAGAACAGACUGGUGUGAGCUAGCCACUGGUGAUUGUUACGUUUUUAAUUCUUAGACUGCCUCAAUCCUUAUGGUCCUUAACAGAUUAGAAUAGACAGCAUUUUUCUAAUUGUUAGAAUGUUUUUCAGUUAAGCUCUAUGAUUCACAUAAUUCUUGCUAAUAUAAUGACAGUAAAAUCACCUCUGACUCUCU